AUGGCACAUUCACGUCAAGAUGCGGAGAUACAAGCAGUUAAGAAUGGCCUUUACAGCAACCAGUGGAACGAUCUUACCAAAGGCUAUAAAAUAUUCCAAGACGAGUUGUGUUUUUAUCAAGACAUCCUGUUAAGAGGGACUAAGAUCGUAAUGCCACAAAAACUCCGAGAUCCGACAUUGCGUAUUGCACAUGAGGGCCACCCAGGCAUAUGUGCCAUGAAAACUAGACUGAGGACUAAGGUCUGGUGGCCAAAAUGUGAUAGAGAUGCCGAGAACUUUUGCAAGGCGUGCAAAAGUUGUAUUUUGGUCUCGACUCCCAAUCCUCCUAACCCCAUGAAAAGGAGAGAGCUACCUUCGGAACCAUGGGUGGACACCGCAGUGGACCUGAUGGGCCCACUACCUAGUAAUGACUACAUCUUCGUAAUCGUGGACUAUUACUCUCGAUACAAGGAAGUGAAGGUUUGUCGGACAAUUACGAGCUCAGAAAUUAUCAACCAACUGAAGGACAUUUUCAGUAGAUUAGGUAAUCCAGUGUCCAUCACGGCCGACAACGGUCGUCAAUUUACCAGCGAGGAUUUCAAACUUUUUUGCUCCGAAAGAAACAUCAAGCUUUAUAACACCAAACUGUACUGGCCCCAACAAAACGGAGAAGUGGAGAGACAAAAUAGGGACAUCUUAAAACGCCUCAAGAUCGCACAGGCCGAGAAGAAAAAUUGGAAAGAGUCUCUCCGGGAGUAUAUGGUAAUGUACAAUAGCACUCCCCACUCGGUAACCGGUAAGACUCCCUCGGAGUUAUUCUUCAGGCGGCAAUUCAGAGACAAAUUACCGAUGAUACAAGAUAUGACGUACAGCUCGGAAGACUCGGAGAUGAGAGAUAGAGACAAAGAAUUAAAAGAGAAAGGAAAGGAGUAUGCAGAUAGGAAAAGGCGAGCAGUGGAAAGUGAAUUGAAUAUAGGGGAGAAGGUCUACGUAAAGAGUAUGCAUAAAAGCAACAAAUUGAGCCUCAAUUAUGAGCCAACAUCACAUACCGUUGAGUCCAACAAAAACGGAGAUGUAGAAUUGCGCAAUGAUAACACAGGCCAAGUAGUUAGACGAAACAUUCUGCACCUAAAGCGAGUAGAAGGACAGUGA